AUGUCAUCUGGACUUGAUGCUGUUACUGCUUCCAUCAAUGCCGCCUUCCACCAGGCAGGCAACAAGGUCAAGCACCUGCUUGGCCAAGCACUGCAGCUGGAUGCUGCAGACCCCAAGCACAUCCCCAUUGCGGUGGAGAUGGCACACACUUUAACCACAUCUGUGCCACCCAUUGUGCUCUCUGCGGCGGCAGAGUUGCAGGAGCACCUGGACUCAUCCUUCUGCCAGGUGACAAUCCCCGCAGCAAGGCCAGCCCCCUUCACCUGCUCACUGUUGGUUAUGGCCACUCGGCACCUCCUGCAGCACCUACCGCUGGCCCUUCUUCCAAGGCCAAAGCCCAAGCGCCAACGCGCCAAAUCCAAAUCCAAGGCCAUCAUCACUAGUGAUGAUGACAUGGAAUUGGACAAUGUGGCAGUGCCUGAGCCAGCACCAGCACCAGCACAGCCUCUCAAAGGUGUCCUCAAGAGGACAAGGGCAUGUGUUCCCAACGUUGUUUCUGGCAAAGAGGCCAGCUAUGUGGAGAUAGAUGAGCUGGAUGAGGAGCCAAUGAUUGUUGGUCCGGCGCCAAAGAUGGGGAGGCCCUAUGUUGAGAUCCCGCCUACCCCAAUGGUCAGCGGCAAGGUGGCUGGUCCAGCCAAUGGACUUGAAGAGGACUCCCACACUGAUACCACCUUGCCAGUCAUAAGUUCAAUAGAUACACCACGCAUGUGUGGUGUACAUGAUUAUCACAUCCAGCUCCAGCAUUCGCUGCUGUUAUGCUUCCAAAUCCACAUGAAGCAUUAUUGCCGCGUUGACAUUCUACGGCCAUGUUUCUUGCCAUCCUUCGUUGGCGUUCACAAAACAAUACAUGCACGAAUUAAGUUUCCAGGGAACAUGGAUAUGCUACAAACCUGUGCCGGCGUGAAUGGCAUUACAUUUGCCGAAGGAUAUGCCAUAUUAAUAGAAAUCAUCCGAGGCAAGUAUAUUUGGCAUCAUCCCGGAUACGCAGGCCAAUGGCAAUGUGUGACAACCGCUGCCGAUGCUGAUACAAAGUUGCUGGUACUCAUUCUCGAUGUCCACCCAUCCAGCCCGCAUCCUGGUAGAUACUUGCCAGGGAGAAAAUGUCCUCUCCCUGACCAAUUUCCGGCAUCCAUUUUCUGGCAUCCACUCGCCGAUCCAACCAGUGAAGUCACUGAAGGGGCUCGUGGAAAGCCAAAGGUCCCAGUUCCUUGGAGUGACAUAAUGAAGGGACAGUCAAGAUUCAUCUCCAGCACAUACCUGCCAGAUGGUACACAGAUCAUGGAGCCAUCCAAAAUGCACCGGGAUGAAGCCAUCUCUUUGUUGGAAUGUUGGUUGGACCAACAGGAUAACCAAGUCAGCCUAACAUUCCAGUUCAAAGCUUGGAUUGAUGACAAGGGCAAGAUGCACCCACCAGUCGGCAAAGAGUCUGAUGACUCUGAUGGUGAUGCCAACAACAAGGGUGUGCAGCCCAUGCUGACCAAAAAAUCACAGACCACAGCUGCACUAUCCAUCAAAUGGCCUUACAUCAGUUCUGCCGAUGAAGAAUCCAGCAACACCAAUGCAGAUGUGUCCCUGCCGAAGCAGGUGAAGAAACAUGCCCCCAACCAUGUAGGGACAGGUGCAAAUGCAGAACUCAGUGAUCAAGUCAGACACCAGUCAGAGUCAGAUGACCAACCACCACCAAUGAGCUUGGGGAAGAGCGUCAGAGUUGAGCCUGCCACCAUCUUACCCCGGACAGACCGGGCACAUCAAGACCGACCAAUUGUAGAUCCAGGCAACUAUAAUAGCAAACCCGCUGCUGCAGGAAAGACCCACAUGCCCACUGCACAGGCGACUGAGGGAUCAGAAGAUGAAAGUUGCGACAGCAGUGCAACAAACACUGGAUAUCAUUCUUCCCAAGUUCAUCAUGCUGGACAGCAUGCCCAUGGUUUCAGCCCACAUUCUACUUGUUGGGGUCUGGAACACAUUCAUGCAUCCCCAGCAGUAAAGGUCCCAGCACCAAAUAAGACUAAGACUACUGGGGAUGUAUCACUGUCAGUCAAAGCCCGGUCGCUGAGGAAGACUAGGGCUACCACAGAUGCUUCACCAGCAGUAAAAGACCAGUCACUGAAGAAGACUAGGGCUACCCGAUCAGCAGCAUACCCACUCUCUGAUGCACCAGCAAAGCGCACCAGAAGCAAGGUUGAUGACUUGCUAGGCACCAGACCUCGGCAAAAGCCCAAGAGAUAUGCCGACUAUGUUACUCAGCCUUAUACACUACUGGAAUGGGGAAUGUCCCCUGCCCAUUUUCCUCAUUGCCAGCAGAAACACAUGCAGUGGAUCAUCAAUCUGGCACUGCAUGUUCAUCAGAUGCUGAAUCCUGACAACAUCCUCACUGGCUUCAAUCAAUCAAUUGCGCACAUCCCGAUAUGCCAAUAUCAAAUCCCAGUUGGCAUACAUGAUAUCUCUUGCAGACGCGACACCAUCAAUGGCCGAGUGUCAAUGCUUUCCAGCCUCAGAGUUGCUCAGCGCAGCAAAUCCUUGGUGGUUUCAAACAUGUCACUCAGCAAGCCAUCUCUCGGUGCUGGAGAUGUAUCCAGCGAGCCACGGCUAAAACCCAUUUUGUAG